UUUUUUUUUUUUUUUACUUAAGAAAGGGAACGGAACAAUUUAGUCGCAAAGCCAUUCCGGAGCAACAUUUUGAAAGCUCUCAUUGUCAGAACGAUGUCGCGCCGUGAUAGCGAAGUGUCGUGUAAAGUGUACGUUGGUAAUCUGACGCGAAACGCCUCCGAAUUUGAGAUUGAAGAAGCGUUUGCCAAAUACGGACCGUUGAAGAACGUCUGGGUGGCUCGGAAUCCGCCGGGAUUUGCGUUUGUGGAAUUCAACGACCCGAGAGAUGCCGAAGAUGCAUGCCGUGGAUUAGACGACACGCAUGCUCAACUGGCAUCAGCUAAUGGUUCCGUGUUGCAAGUCCCGUCUGUGUCAAAGAAGCUGUACGCAUGUGCGGAACGAGGGUACGCGUGGAGAUGUCCUCCGGGAAGACACGGCGGGGCAGCGGACGCUUCGGCGGCGGUGGCCGUGGAAGGGACCGUGAUCGUGACGGCGGCCGCGGUGGUGGUGGUGGCGGCGGACGCGGAAGCCCCGUGUACGGACGCUACAAACGUUCCAGGUCUCGUUCGCCAAGGAGAGCCUCGAGAUCAGUGUCGCGGUCGAGAUCUGCUUCCCCGAGAAGGUAUGACUCGAGACGAUCUCGUUCGCCGGAUGAAAGGCGCUGAGCUGAUGAUCGAUGCAACAAAAGAAGAGUCGAGGAUGCGGAUGCAAGAAGACCUGAUUGAUUUUUUUGCCUGAACAUUUUGUACGCCUGAGUGGACUUGAUCUUUUCUGCUUCUUUUGAAGUUUGGUGUCCAGUUUUUGUUUUUUCCUUUGGAAAAGAAGCCUUGCUGAGCGAAUUUUGUGGGGGAAUCCUGUCUACCGUAGCUUACUCAUUAGGGUUAGAGCGGGGGUCAGUUUUUCUGUUUUUUCGUUUGGUUUCCCGUCUUCGAGGGUUCGUCAGCCUGGCUUCAAAAUCGCCCUUCCUUCCUGACAUCAAAACUGCGUCUUUGUCGACUGCCGGGUGCCUCAUCAGCUUCAACCAGCCGUGUUUCAUCAGAGUUCAUCUUAUGGACAACCA